AUGAGAUUCUUGCAGACAGAAUGGCAUCGACAUGAACGAGACAGAAAUGCGUGGGAAAUCGAGCGCGAAGAAAUGAAGAACCGAAUAGCCAUCCUCGAAGGAGAGACUAGAACGAGCAAAGGCAUGAGAGUUUCUCUGGAACGACACGUUAAACUGCUGGAAACAGCUCUGAAGAAAGAACGGGAAAAGGCCAGAAAUGCCAGCAAAGGCGAACUGGUCGACAGUCACAAGGAGGCCAAAGAAUUGGCCAGGGAAGAGUUGAAGGCUAUUGGUAAAGAUUCGCACGUCAAAGGCAUCACCCAGUUCGACGCCGAAAUCGAUCCCGAGAACCACUUGGCCCAGGGGAUCCGACAAGAAAAAGAGCGCGACAAGUCCAAAAGCUUUCUCUCGAAAUGUUCCUCGGAAAUCACAUAUCACGUCCUACCUACGGCCCACGUACCGCCCGAGGUUAAUGACCUUGCGACCUCGACAAACGGGAAUCAUGUUUUCCAGGGGCGACAGCCCACACAACAAGAGCUUCAGGAGGCGUAUCUACAGUUACAACAAGUAAAGCAGCAACAACAUCGGAACGUGGCCAUGGUCAGAGAAAGUGCUGCUCAACCACCGGGGCAAUUUGCUGAACCUACACCCCUUGGUCGGACGAGCACACAGAUCAGUACCUCAGAAAUACAGCCCGGCGCAGCUGACAGAAGGUUACCUGAACAUAUCGUCCAAUCUGUACCACUGGUGGAUCCCAGGAAAAAUUUCUACAACGAGCAGAUCCCCGUGGUCGAGGAUCAAGUGGAAUCGAUAACUCACAGUUUCGAUGCUUAUGGACAAGAGAUCCCUUUGAAAGACCAGACAGAGAUACGGACGAUGGACGAAACCAAGCAGGAGAUCUCUGACGGAUGGGACUUUGAUGAUGGACCGCCCCCUCCCGAUUUUGAUGAAGGACCAGCCGCUUCCGAAAAGCCGUCCAAAGUUGCUUCGCCGCACAGGCCAGAUACUGAAGUCUUUCCCAGCGCCAACAUGAUUCCUUCCAAGUCUCCGCCUCGCGCUUAUCGUCGGAAGAGCACGGGAUCAAGACGGCGCAGUGAAGGCAGCAAUGAUGUGCGGGAAUUGGCAUUCAAGCCAGAUGCCUCACAGUUUAAAGUUCGGUUCGCCAUGAGAGGACACUUGGAUGUUGUCCGCUCGGUCAUCUUCACGGGGGGUGGCAGCCCAUCGGAACCUGAAUUCUGCACUGCUAGCGAUGACGGCGGGGUCAAGAGAUGGCACAUUCCGGCGUCUUAUGGUCACAAUGUUGCGCUGGGGGAUGAUCUAGACCGGAUUGCUCAUUUCACCCACCGAGGUCACAUCGGCGCUGUUUGUUCGUUGGCAGCAUGUCCCGCUUCUUCGAGCUUCUCCAGCGGCGGCCGUGCUGUGGGCGAUGGUUGGAUCUUCUCUGGUGGUGAAGAUGCCACUGUCAAGGUUUGGGAGCGCGGCCGGGUCGAUGCAAAGGCAACUUUGGAAGGCCACAAAGAUGCAGUCUGGGCAUUAUGUUGUCUACCGGGGUCAACGGGUACCAUUCUCGGAGAUCGAUGUUCACAAUUUGGCGGUCCGGAUCGUGUCCUCCUCGUGGCCGGUGGUGCCGAUGGCACUAUUCUGAUCUGGGCUGUCAGUACUCCGCCGCAAUUGAGCUCGCCGCAAGCCGGUAGUCGAUCAGUAAGGGGCAGUCGAAGAGCCAACUCGAUAUCUGCAGGCUCGAACUUCCCCAGCUCGCCUCAGCCGAGCAUUGCCAGCACCACCCCUUUCAACUACAGUUUAGUGCACCGGAUAGAACGAGCAGACAAACCGGCGCCUACAUCGAUUUCUCCGUUGGGUGCUCAUGGCGAGAACUUUGUCGUGGGAUAUACUGAUGCUAGUGUAUUGGUGUUUGACACGCGGACUGGUGAAGAAAUUGUCGGAAUGGCCAGCCAGGAGACCUACGACGGUACGCCAAACACGGGCAUCAAUGCAGUGGUUGCCAGUAGUGCGGGAUUCGAUACGAGGGAUUCGGUUGCACCUGGCCGACGCGGAUCAAUGGGGGAAGAAGAUGUGGUACAUGGGGCAACAGGUUCAGAAGGCGGCGUUGAAGGGGUGGUCAUUGCGGGUUAUGAAGAUCGGUAUAUUCGUUUCUUUGAUGCGAACAGCGGACAAUGCACAUACACCAUGCUCGCACAUCCAUCGGCGAUUUCUUCCUUGUCAUUAAGUCCGGACGGCAAAGAAUUGGUAUCAGGAGGUCACGAUGCAAGUUUACGGUUUUGGUCACUCGAGAAACGCAGUUGUACACAAGAGAUAUCGAGCCAUCGGAUUAUGAGGGGCGAAGGAGUGUGCGGUGUCGUCUGGAGUCCUGAUGGAAGGUGGGUUAUUAGCUGCGGUGGUGAUGGCGCUGUGAAGGUGUUUUCGAGAAGUUGA